AAGAGAUUCCGUAGAAGAAGAAGAAGCAGGAAACCUGAUCAUGCGGAAUAUGUCAGAAUGGGGACCCAAAUAAAAGAUGUCAUCAUUAAAGCGGACGCUCCCAGCUCGCUGCUGCUCGACAAACACGCAGACUACAUCGCUGCCUACGGCUCCAAGAAGGACGACUAUGAGUACACGCUGUCGGAGUACCUGCGGAUGAGCGGUAUCUACUGGGGGCUGACGGUCAUGGACCUGAUGAGCCAGCUGCCCCGGAUGAACCAGGCAGAGAUCGUAGACUUCAUCAAAGCCUGCCAGCACGAAUGUGGCGGCAUCAGUGCCAGCAUCGGACACGACCCCCACCUGCUCUACACGCUCAGCGCUGUCCAGAUCUUGAGCUUGUACGACAGCGUGGAUGCCAUCGAUGUGGACAAAGUGGUGGAAUAUGUCAAAGGGCUGCAGCAAGAGGACGGCUCCUUUGCAGGGGACAAAUGGGGAGAAAUAGACACCCGGUUUUCUUUCUGUGCUGUGGCCACCCUGGCUUUACUGGGUAAGAUGGACACAGUGAACGUGGACAAAGCCGUGGAGUUUGUCUUGUCCUGUAUGAACUUUGACGGAGGUUUCGGCUGCAGACCUGGCUCUGAGUCUCAUGCUGGUCAGAUUUACUGCUGCACCGGCUUCCUGUCGCUCACCGGCCAGCUGCAUCAGGUCAACGCCGACCUGCUGGGCUGGUGGCUCUGCGAGAGGCAGCUGCCGUCCGGAGGCCUCAACGGACGGCCCGAGAAGCUUCCAGACGUGUGCUACUCCUGGUGGGUCCUGGCGUCGCUGAAAAUCAUCGGCAGGAUCCACUGGAUCGACAAAGCCAAGCUGCGGACGUUCAUCCUGGCCUGUCAGGACGAGGAGACGGGAGGCUUCGCAGACAGACCGGGCGACAUGGUGGAUCCUUUCCACACCCUGUUCGGAGUGGCCGGCCUGUCGCUCCUGGGAGACGAGCAGAUCAAGGCGGUGAACCCGGUGCUGUGCAUGCCGGAGGACGUCCUGCAGCGGAUCGGCCUGCAGCCCGACCUCCUCAGCUAGCCUGCCCCUUCACCACACACACACACACACACACACACACACACUACUGCAGCGCCGCGGGAGCACAGGACGGACCACUGCACAUCCCAGUUAGCAGAGUUCUCUUUUUUUUUUUUCCAACGGGAGUCUGGCGGGUCAGACCUGACGUCUUCAGCACCAUCACGGCUCUCUGGGCUCACUGCAGCAAAACAAGCGCUUUGGGGAAGUCCUUGUCUUUGCUGAACUCACAGAAAUCCUGAAAUGUCAGCUUGCUCACUAUCCCAGAGGGUUAUCUUAGUUCGUUUUGGUUCGUUGAUGGUUUUAUCACCGUGCUGCAGGAGUUGGUGGACAUUCUGGAUUUUCUCAACACACUUCACCUUGAAAACGUUGGACGUUUGUUUGUGUGGAAUGAAUGAAAUGUGAAGGAAGGCUGCCUCUGCACCUCGCCUGGCCCGGCUGAGCUCUGAGCCACGCUGUGGCUCUGGGAGCAGGUGCUUGUUUACUCCUGAUAUUCCACUUUGUGAGGAGCAGAGCGAGAUCCAAAAAUGUUAUUUAGUUCAGAUGCAUUUAAGUAAAUUUAAAAACAUUGAAUAUAGGUAUUAUAAAGUAAAUGCUGUCCUUUGUAUCAGUGUGUUCUCUCACCCUGAGUGUUUCAGAGGAAGCAGAAAUGUUCUCUUAGUGUCUGGAAACUCUGAAGAGAUGGAACGUUGUUGUCGGUGUAUUUAUUCCCUCCUCCCAGCCACGGUUUGUUUGCUUCUCGGCCGGGAUUGUCCACGUCUCUCCAUUCCGCUCUGAGGAGACGUCUCAUUGACCUGCGUCUCGUCGUCCGGCUGAACGGAGUCUUCUCUCUCUCGCUGUCGUCGGUUUUGUUCCAGUCGGUAAAAGGAUCGAUGCAGUCGUUCUCAGGAUCUCCACAGUUUGAAGGACUGGUCUGGUAAACGUAUUGACCCCCGAGUGAGUCUGUGACAGAAAAGCCUUUAUUGUGAUCUUAAGGCUGAAGCGAUGGUUCUCUGUGAACGAUGUAAAUGAUAUUAUUAAAAACCUAAAACCAGUCACUUCA